AUGGCUCGUAAUGCUGAGAAAGCUAUGACGGCUUUGGCCCGUUGGCGUCGUAUGAAAGAAGAAGAAGAAAGAGGUCCCGUUGCCAGAAGACCAAUAGACGUUAAACAAUGUGCAAAGUUAGCUGACGCUGAAAGAUUCAGAAGAGAAAUUGCCAGAGAUAUCUCUAAGAAGAUUGCUUUGAUCCAGAAUCCCGGUUUAGGAGAAUUCAAAAUCAGAGAUAUGAACGAUGAAAUAAAUAAGUUACUACGGGUUAAAAACCAAUGGGAACUGCGGAUUAUGGAAUUAGGGGGGCAAGACUAUCGGAAAUAUCGACCUCGAGAGUUAGAUAAAGAUGGUAGAGAAGUGUCCACAGAUAAAGGCUAUAAGUACUUCGGAGCAGCUAAAGAUUUGCCGGGAGUUCGAGAGCUAUUUGAGCAGUCGAAAGAACUGGAUAAAAUGAAACAGUCACGGGGAGAUCUAAUAAAGAAUAUCGAUGCAGAUUAUUAUGGUUAUCUAGACGAUGAUGACGGGCUGAUAGUUCCGCUCGAACUCGAUGAAGAAGUUCGAGCGAUUCAAUCAGCGAAAGAGAAUUUUGCAAAGAAUGGAGGUGAAAGACUUCCCAAGGAGUUUGGAGAUGAUGAAGACGACGAUAUCUAUAAAGUAGAAGAUUCUGACGAAGAGGAUAUUGAUACUAAAGAGUCUGUGGUUGUUGGUGAAGAUGGCAGAAAUAUGACCAUUCGUCAUGCAAUGGUGCCAAGUCAGAAGGAGAUCGAAGAGUUGAUUCUCGAUAGGAAGAAGCAAACUCUUAUCGAUAGAUAUCUUAGUUAA